GGGGCCCUGAGGCCAGUGUUUCACCACCAUCUCUCACUCUCCUGGUGACGCCUGUGUCCGCUGGAGAAAGAGGGCUGGACCAGAGUUAGUAUAGGGGUUGAGAUGUGAGGUGUUGGUACGAACAGAGGAGAUUUCACAUACGGAUGAAAUCAGCGCAGAGAGGCUUAUUUUUACAGUAGCAACACCUUUGUAGGCAGCACUGUACAUCACCGGUUGGCACUGGGAUCUUUCUUGUUGUGGAGUACAAGAUCAGAGGCAGCAAAUGUUUCCGGUCAGGCAGCCUUGGCUUUGCAAAGCCUUAGGUUGUUAUGAUUGCUGUAUCCGGUGCAUUGGGGCAGUGCCCUACCCAUCCCUGGUGGCCACCUUACUGUGCUAUGCUGGCAUGGGAUUAUUUUGCGGCUGUGGGCACGAAGCGUUGGCCCAGACCGCAGUCCUCGUCGAGACUUACUUCGCCCGCAACGUUCAGGACUAUGAGAUCAUGGCUUCCUUUAUCAAAUACUUCCAGUAUGUGAUCUAUGGCCUGGCAUCAUUUUUCUUCCUCUACGGUAUCCUGCUGCUGGCUGAGGGUUUCUACACCACAAGCGCCGUCAAGCAGACCUUUGGUGAAUUCAGGAGCACCCAAUGUGGCCGCUGCCUCAGCCUGACGUUUAUCAUAGUGACGUACAUCUUGGCCUUCAUCUGGCUGGCGGUGUUUGCCUUCUCUGCUAUCCCGGUCUUCUUCUUGUUCAACAUGGAGCAGACCUGCCACAACAUCAACAUUCUGGCCGAAACAACCCCCAGCAUUAAUCAGCACGGCUGGAUUUGCAUGGACGCCAGGCAGUAUGGUCUGCUUCCUUGGAAUGCAAUGCCAGGCAAGGCUUGUGGAAUGACCUUGGCAUCUAUUUGCAAAACCAGUGAAUUCUACGUCACCUAUGACUUGUACAUAGCUGCAUUUGCUGGUGCCGGAGUCACUCUCUUAGCACUGUUUCUGUAUCUGGUUGCCACCACCUACAACUACGCAGUCUUGAGGUUUCUGGGCAGGAAAGGCAUCCGCUAAGUACAACAUCUCAACCCUGUCUUCUGGCUAUGAGAUGGACACUCAACACAUUUCCAGCACUAGAUCUCCUUUUAUCCUCUUUGGAAACAGCGACUUCCAAACCUGGAUCACCCGCUAGUAUUUCUUUAGACCUAUACCAAUAACAGACAUAUGUUUCUCAUCACUAUUUUGUAUGAACAACAGGCAGAGAGAUGAAGAUAAUUCACCAACCUCAGCAGCUCUCUCUGGCCUUCACCUCAAAUCUUCCUCUCAUAUGAUUCUCUUAGCUUUGUUGUUCAUUUUCCUCUUUCCCAGGUUGCAUUCGUCAUUUUACUCUAUUUUUUGUCUGAGGCUUCACUGGUGCCGAUGCUGUUGUCAGAUUGUGAUGCAUGAUGUUUCAUGAAUUAUUAAGAGUAAUGACAGCUUGCCUUGCGAAUUGUAACUGCAUGCACACUGUUCCGUAUUUACUGAUGCAUACUGUAUAUUGUCUCUGAAUAUGAUUUUGUUGCUGCCUCAUUUUCACCAUCUCGUGUGGACUAAAGCAAGUGAAGCUGAAUGUACCAAAGUCUCUCUGCAAGGGUUAAAUGCAUCCUCCCAUCUCCCUGUUUGCGUUCACUUACAACACAUGAACUUUGCAUUUGCUCAUAACUCAUUUUUGCUUUGUUUAAAUGCCACUUUGCAGGCGGGGGAGGGACACCAUACUUGUACCAUUUCAUCCUGGAGGUUUUUCAGUUACUGCUUAAGAUGAGCUGUUUUUAUGUCACUGAGGUGUGGAUGCUUCAAUAACUUGCCUCCAGGUGUUUGAUAUGUAGCCAUGCUACUUAGUGUUGUUGUGCUCAUUUGAAAUUUAAAUCAUUCAUUCAUAUAAAUCUGAGGCAUUAAAGUGUGGUUUUAUUUUAACCAUAUGCAGUAUGUUGCAAUAAAAUCAUUCAUGCUUA